GCCAGCAUACUAUACGCACAGCAAUAUUAGCGCAGAGAUGCCGCUUAUUUACAACACAAGAAUGUCAGACUCUAGUGAACUAGCCAAAAGUAAAUCUAUUGGUUCAUCACGAAAUGAGGCGUCCAUAUCUGAGUUAUAUCCUCGUUAACAUCCUUAGACAUUAUAACCUUUUCUCCGAGUUUACUUAUUUCCGGUGUCAGUACCAGUUUUAGUGUAUGUGCCUCCGACGUGCAGUCGAGCUAGCAAUUAUUGUAAACUUUAUAUUUAAAAGUAACAGUCUUUUAAUAUAAUGCAUAAUUCAAACAUAGUUAUUUAAUUUAGGCUAAAUGCCUCGAUAGCCCCUUAAUUGCUUUGUGAAUUUACUUUGAAUCACUUGAGACAUGAGGAUUAUUUGCACUUGGAGUCUAGAAGUCAAAAUACAAGAUAAAUCCCAUGAGGUACAUGUAGAAAAUUAGUUGAGUUUUGUUUUUGGGAAUCAUAGGAAGUUGAAAUGUUCGAAGAAGAGCAAGCAGCGGCCCAAAUUUCCCACCUAGGUGGCUUGUUCUUACCUACUGCUGUCACGUCACCCCCAUGAAUUUGACUUGUUGAACUUCUAAGUUUCAAUUUGUCAAUUGCAAAGAUAUAGACCAAGUCAAAAGUUGACAUUUUCUUUUACCUGCCAUUGUUUUCUUAUUAUUAAUGGCAUACUUUUAUAACCAUACUCAUUCAAACUGUUGCAAUUCUAAGGCAAGAUUGUGAACAAAUUACAUAUUCAGCAACCCAAUUUCCAUCUAAAUCUGACUACUACUAAUAGCCAACCAUUCUGUCAAUUUUAUUUUCUUCAAAAUAUAUCUGAUUAAGCUUCGAGCAACUUACAGACAUAACGACCAUGCCUAUUCAGAAGUGGCUGCUCUUUCUUAUUUUGCAUAUACAUCUUCAUGGUCUCAUCCUAGCGCAGGCGCAGCUGCCUGAUUUACUAUACAGUUCAUGUGGUGGCGAUGGUAACUAUACUGAAAAUAGUACCUACCAGAACAAUCUUAUCUCACUACUGUCUUCCCUUUCCUCAAAUAUCGAUAAAUAUGGUUUCUACAAUGCUUCCAUUGGCCAAAACUCCGACAUGGCCAGUGCUAUUGUUCUAUGUAGAGGAGAUGUGGAGCUAGAUGAAUGUCGCAGUUGCGUCAAUAACAUUUCCCAAAAGCUUGUACAGUCAUGUCCUAACAAAAAAGAAGCUUUUGGUAGCUAUGAUGAAUGUACGUUGCAUUACUCAAAUCAAUCCAUUAUAGACACUAGGUCAUUUUCUACUCAAUUCUACAUGUUCAAUACUGGUAAUGCUUCAAAACCCGAGGAAUUUAACCAGGAGCUGAGAAAAUUAUUGGAUAGUUUAAGAGGUGUUGCUGCAAAUGGUGGUCCACUUCGAAAAUAUGCUAGUGGUAAUGCGACAGGUCCAGAUUUUCAGACUAUAUAUGCACUUGUGCAGUGUACUCCUGAUUUAUCUCCUCAGGAUUGCUCCGACUGCUUAACUACCACUUUUGGAGAUAUGCCUAAUUGUCCUUGCAAUGGAAAGAGGGGUGGCAGGAUAAUUGGUACUAGGUGCAACUUCCGUUAUGAAAAUUCCCGUUUCUUUGAGGAUGUGCCGUUGGAAGCUCCACCACCUUCAGGGAGGGAUGAUAAAACAGCUCCAACAGGGAAGGAUGACAAAACUGCACGAACUGUCAUCAUUGUUGUUGUACCCAUUGCCGCGAUUGUUAUUCUUAUUGGUUGUAUUUCUGUCAUCUUGAUGAGGAGGAGAAAGUGGAAGAUGGUGGACGAAAUUCAGAGUAUACGUGGGGAUGAUAUUAGCACCACAGAAUCCUUGCAAUAUGAUUUUUCUAAAAUUAGAGCAGCGACAGAUAACUUUUCAAAUGCUAAUAAGUUGGGACAAGGUGGAUUUGGUCCUGUGUAUAAGGGUAAGCUUCCAAAUGGACAAGAAGUAGCAGUGAAAAGAUUGUCAGCAGAUUCAGGUCAAGGUGAUCUGGAAUUCAAAAACGAGGUCUUGUUGGUUGCCAGACUUCAACACAGAAAUUUGGUUAGGUUGCUGGGAUUUUGCCUAGACAGAACAGAGAGACUUCUUGUCUAUGAAUUUGUUCCCAAUGCAAGCCUUGACCAGUUUUUAUUUGAUCAAGUUAAACGCAGGCAAUUGGAUUGGGAAAGGAGAUCAAAAAUCAUAGGAGGUGUUGCUAGGGGAAUUCUUUACCUUCAUGAAGAUUCUAGACUUCGAAUAAUUCAUCGUGAUCUCAAAGCUAGUAAUGUUCUACUUGAUGUGGAAAUGAAUCCUAAAAUUUCAGACUUUGGAAUGGCAAGGCUGUUUACAUUGGAUGAAACUCAAGGCAACACAAGCAGAAUUGUUGGGACCUAUGGAUAUAUGGCACCGGAGUAUGCAAUGCAUGGGCAAUUUUCAGUGAAAUCAGAUGUUUUUAGCUUUGGAGUACUAGUCCUAGAAAUUAUAAUUGGCCAAAAGAACACUUGUUUCAGAAAUGGAGAAUCUGUGGAGGACCUUCUGAGCUAUGCUUGGACUAACUGGCGUGAAGGAACAGCCACAAAUUUGAUAGACCCCAUGUUGAAGGGAAGCUCAGGACUGGUUCGUGACAUAAUGAGAUACAUCCACAUAGCUUUAUUGUGUGUUCAAGAUAAUGUUGCUGAUAGACCAACUAUGGCUGCAGUAGUUCUCAUGCUCAGUAGCCUCUCUCUGAGUCUUCCCGUGCCUUCAGGGCCUGCAUACUAUUCUCACAGCGACAUUAGCCCAGAGAUUUCGCUUAUUCAAGAAUACAAUUCAAGAUCAUCAGAAUCUAGAGAAUUAGCCAAAACUAAAUCUAUUAGUUCAUCACGUAUUCAGGCAUGAUAACUUAGUUACACACUCUGUCAACAUCCUUACACAUAUCGCCUUCUUCUCCGAGUUACUUUGUUAUUUGUUCGAAUUCUAAUUAUUUUAGAAUUGAGAUUGAUUUAUUAAUGGAAGAUCAAACUUGUUUCA